AUGGCCCAGGAAGUUGACGCUGUAUUCCAGUAUCCUUUUGAAUUCACAAAGACACGUGUCCAGCUUCAAAGCGAAGGCGGCUGUCCCGUCCCUCGCAAUCCAUUUGUAAUUGUUGGUCAGACUUUGCGUCAGGAGGGGUUUCGCGCUCUGUACAAAGGCUGCUCCAGUCUCGUUAUAGGUUCAGUAGCUAAAGACGGCGUUCGGUUCCUCGUGUUCGAUUCCAUCAAGAACGUGUUCGCGGAUUCAGAGACGGGCACGUUGACCCCUGCAAACAACCUUCUUGCAGGCAUGGUGACUGGUAUAACAGCAAGCGUCUUCGCAGUGACUCCUACUGAAAGGAUGAAGACCGCAAUGAUCGAUGAUGCGCGGAAGGCCAAACGCUUCAAGUCGACACCUCAAGCUGUCCGCACUAUUCUUCAGGAAGAUGGAUUCAUGGGCUUGUACCGCGGCUUCGUGGGUACUACCUUGAAACAAGCUGGCGCUACCGCUUUCCGGAUGGGAACAUACAACAUCCUCAAAGAUUUCCAAAGGAGUCGCCAGAUUGAGCAAAAUACGUGGACGAAUUUUGUCAAUGGCGCGGUUGCAGGAACCGUCACAACUUAUGGUAAGACUAGCGCUUAA